AGACAUGUUUACCCGCCUCCCGACGCUCCUCUGUGGGCUUCUAUUAGUCGGCGGGUCUUGGGCCCGGGUGGUGAUGGUGGCCCCCGGCCCGUUGAUAAGAGUGGAGGGGCAGCCGGUCUCGAUACGAUGUAACGUCACAGAGUAUGGAGGACCACGUGAGCAGGACUUCGACUGGGAGAUGUCCCGGGAUGCCACCGGGCCCAAGAUCAAAAUAAUCUCCACCUUUGACAGCAGCUUCUCAGACCCUUCGCUCAGCAAGCGCGUGGCGUCCGGCGACAUCUCGGUGGUGCGGCUGCAGGACAACGAGGCGGACCUGAAGAUCGCGGAGUUGAAGCCGCAGGACGCCGGCUUCUACUUUUGCCGAACCCCGAGCACAGACUCGGUCAUCAGCGGGAACUACGUGGCUCAGGUUCAGCUCACCGUCAUCCCGAACACCCUCAAGGUCUCCCCUGAGACUCCUCCCCAAGUCGUCCCAGAGGGAAGUGACCUCACGCUCUCCUGCAACGUCACCCGCGAGUUCACCUACCCCACCUACCUGUCCGUCACCUGGUCCAUCAAAAAGGGUGGCGCCUCGGAGGACAUCCUGACGUUUGGGCCUCAGGGGGAGGUCGUAACGGGUUCGCAGUUCACGCGUCGGUACGCGGACGGCGACGUCCGAUUGGUUCCUGGCAGGAAUGGAGCAUUCGAUCUGGUGAUUUCCAGACUGACGACGUCUGAUCAGGGGACAUACGCCUGCAGCGGGACAGAGUGGACACAUGAACGUGGAGGGGGGUGGACAAAGAUUGUGGAGAGUCAAAAGGAGAUGGGGGCUGUUACCGUCACUCCUACAGAGCGCUCCCUCAAUGUGAAAGCUUCGUCGUACUCCUCUCCCUCCUCCACCUCCCUGCUCCUGACCCCCGGCGACUCGCUGGCCCUGCUCUGCUCCGUGUUCGCCGACAACCUGCCCGCCCUCACGCUGGAGGUGUCCUGGCUGGCCGACGGCAACGAAAUCAUCACCAUGGACCGCAGCGGCGUAGUGAUCUCCAACACGUCCUCCAACGGCGCGCUAGGAAAGCGAGGGGAGGUGACUUUGGAGAGGACCGAGGUCGGGGAGUACCGGCUGGGAGUGAGGGCGGUGAGCGGCGAGGAUGGAGGGGCUUACACCUGUCGGACCCGAGCCUUCAUUGAGAAAGGAGGACGCAGCGCGGGGAUUGGAAGGUGGCAGCUGACGGCGGUGAAGACGUCCACCCCUUUGACGGUGAAGGUCUCAGAGCGCAAGCCAAACUUCACGCUGAGCCUCGGUGCCACCCAGAAGCCCAGUCGGAUGUUCGAACCCAUGGAGCUGUCUUGCGGCGUGACGGACAUCGUUUCGUUGCCUCCAGGAGGCAGACUGGGAGUCCGCUGGGAGCACACCGGACUUCCUAGUAAGGGGAACCAGCCAAGCCCACAACUGAUUGGCUCCUUGGAUGGCAACGGCAACUUGUUGCCCGGGCAGGUUUAUACCGACAAGCUGAAGAGUGGGCAGAUAUCUCUGAGCAGACUCCAACCAAACACCUUCAAACUGCAGUUUCUACGCCCGCAGGAUUCCGACAUGGGCCAGUUUGUGUGCACCGUCUCCUCUUGGAGUGUCGGCAGCCAGGGGGAUUUGGUGAAGACCUCAGAGUACCAAAGCUCGCCACUGACCGUUCAAUGGGAUGACAAACCUCCCGCUCUUAACAUCGAGGCCAGGCAAGUCCGUCGAGCCUUGGGCGGCGGAGACACGUUUGAAAUGAGCUGCGCAGUGACCCCCGUGAACCUCGGCGGCUGGUUGGGCUUCAAAGUGGACGUCAACUUGCAGGAAGGCUUGCAGAGCAACGCGAGGACGGUCAUGUCUCUGAGCUCUGACAACGUGGUGCAGCACACGGACCCCAGCAGGAGAGACAGUAUGGUCCUGACCAAGACGGGUCCGGCAGAGUUCCGGUUCUGCCUGGCCGGCGUGCAGCUCUCUGACAGAGGGUACUACUCGUGCAACAUCACAGCCGACAGCAAACAGCAGCCGGAGCAGGAAUGGACGCCGGUCGCCUUCUCGGAGUCCAACAAAAUCCAGAUAGACUUUCAAGUAAACGGCCCGUCCUUCUCCGUCGCCAUCGGCUCAGAUGCCAGCAGCGUUUAUCCCUGGGAGACGGCCAAGAUCGAGUGUUCACUCAGCGUCUCUGGACCAUCUCCAAAAACUGAUGACCUGACGUAUGAGGUGAGAUGGUUUUUCACUCGGCUGCGCGGAGGACCAACGACGUCCGAGGUCGCCAGCAUCGACCGUUUCGGCAUCGUGAGGAAAACCCACCGGAACUCGUCCAGCGACGUUUCAAUCGAGCGCAAAAACGCCCACGUCUACCUUCUUAACCUUUACGGCACUCAGGACAGUGACAGCGGCGAGUACUACUGCGAGGCCACUCCUUGGUACCUGUCGACCUCUACAAGAGCCUGGACUGAAGCCAGGGCGCUGACGUCUGGACGAGUCUUCCUCUCUGUCAAGUUUGCAGUCUGGGACUCCCUAAAGUUCCCCCUCCUCUACGGUGCAGCGGCCUCACUGGGUGUGGGCCUCUUCUCCCUUCUCCUGGGCCUGGUGUGCGCCCACUGCUGCUGCCGCAACACGGCGCACACCCCGCGCUCGCGCAACAAACUCAUCAACUUCGAGAUGGACUGACAAACACUUUCCCCUGCGCCGGCCCACUGCAGCGCCCACAGGAAGCACCACGCCAACCACAAACACACGCCCGCCGGCGACUUCUGGGACACGCAGCUGUUCGCGGACGACGGGCGCUGGGAGUAACUGACCGACCAAUCACAGUGCUUUAUACGGUGCUCAGGACCCUUUUCG